AUGGGAUCUGUCGAUCGCACAGCAUGCAAUACUUGUCGAUCUCGCAAGGUCAAAUGCGAUGAACGACAACCCAUCUGCCAGCGAUGCUCUAUCGCCGGCCGCUACUGCGAGCGAACUGCACGCCCAACUCGCCAGUCUCUUCCCGAAAGGAGAGACCGUGGGCAUAGGGACGCAGUCGCGAGCCCCGGCCCGAAAUGGCCAUCACCGGACAAUCCUCGCAAGGCGCUCGCGUCGCCAGACAUCGCCCGUAUCUUCCACCACUACAUCAUCGAGAUAGCCCCGUGGUAUGACCUCAGCGAUCCGGCAUCCAGCUUUGCUACGAGACUUCCUCGGCUCGCAUUGGAGAUGCCCCUGCCAUUCAGCGCCAUCAUCGCCCAGGCGGCCAUGCAGAUCUGCCAAACCACGGUGCCGAGCCAACGACCAGUUGCUGAAUUCUACCACGGCCAUUGCGUUCGGCUCCUCAUCGAGUUGCGUGACGACUGUGGCUCGGUCGAGUCCGAAGCUGCCCUGGCCGCUGUGUGUCUCCUGCGGUCGUACGAGAUUCUCGACGAGGAGAUCGAUCCAAACAGACACCUGCACGGGGCCUACUCGCUAGCCUCACGCCAAAAGCUGCUGCUAGAUAACGGCUUUCGCACGUUGUCGAGUGCGGGAUUCUGGAACUAUCUUCGCGAGGACAUUACCUACAGCUUGUUCGAGGAGCAGCCCCUGAAGAUGGAUCUCGAGAACAUUCCCAUGCCGACGCUGCAGCUGGAGGAUCAUGACCAUCUCAACGCCAUAUCCCUCGUCCUCGGCCGCAUCCUCAACGCCCACUUCAACGACGGCUCUCCCGGCCGGGAUCAGCCUGCCUCUGUCUCUGCCAUGUUGCCCGUGCUGCAAUCCUGGCAAAAGGCCCUGCCUCGACAUUUUGAGCCGCUGUCUGCUGCACGACAAUACUUCCUGGUAUCCAUCAUGGUGCUCUGCAUGGUCAUGCCACUCGAAACGUUGACCGAGAUCCUGCAACUUGUUGAGACCGACCUUCCCUCAAGUCCGUCUCGAGAAGUUAUUUUGGAAACCCACGCUCUCGAGGUGUGCGGCUUGGCCUUCACGGCAAAGUCAAAUCCUGUUCUGGUCAAUGCCUUCGGGCCCAUAUCAUACUGUGAGCUUGCGUGCAAGACACAUACGCCCAGAAGCGUCUCGACAGGAACUCCUGCGUUGCCUGGCCCCUUGCAAGAAGACAGUCGGGUGGCCUGUUCAACGACUGAUGGACGACUUGCAGAGUCGGUGGCGCGUGUCCCCGGCUUGAAGAUUUUUGGAGAAACUUGCUUCGGGUCAAAGGCUCGUGGUUGUAGGGUCCCUCUCAGCGCCGACGAGGUCACUUUGACGCUGGCUUUGCUCACCCCUCACCUGUGUACUCCCGUCGUCGGCAUGACUCCCGCCAGUGACUCGACGCAGAUCUGGCUCGGCACCAAUAACGACGAGACUUCCGCCCAGAAAGGUGCCGACGGCGACCGCGAGAGUGAUUGCAUCAAGCAGGACCUUUUCGAGAAGAAUCAAGCUACCCAUGAACUCUGCCAGUCAGUUGUCAAGUAG